AUGCCUCCCCCGCCCCAGCAGCUAUGGAACGCCCUCAUCCGCACCCACCACAUCACCUCCCGUAAGAAAAUCGCCAAGCUCAAGCAAGCCGCCACCUCGUACGCAGUCGCCGUCUUACUGCACAGCGGGAGUCCACCUGGGAUCAUGUACGUUGAAGGCUCGAAGACUGGGGUGGAGGAGUGGGUUGGUAAUGUGAAUAGGUUGAGGUAUAAGGAUUACCAAUUGGCGGCGAGACCGGCGGUGGUGGAACGGGAGGGUGGGGUUGGGGAUGUGGAUGCGGUGGGUUCGGGGGUGGAGGAGACGGAGUCUGUGAAGGAGUUUGGGGCGCGGAUGCAGCGGAGGGGUGUGUUUGGGUGGUGGCGCAGGGCUAUGGGGUAUGCCGGUGACGAUCAACGAUUGUGA